GAGAGCGUCAAAACAGCAGGUCUAGGGCAAGGUAGGACGUCCGGUGAACAGGUCAGGGUUCCAUAGCCGCAGACAGAACAGCAGUAACUGGAUCAGCAACACAACAAGAUAGGACGUCCGGUGAACAGGUCAGGGUUCCAUAGCUACAGGCAGAACAGCAGAAACUGGAUCAGCAGCACAACAAGAUAGCACGUCCGGUGAACAGGUCAGGGUUCCAUAGCUACAAGCAGAACAGCAGAAACUGUAUCAGCAGCACAACAAGGUAGCACGUCCGGUGAACAGGUCAGGGUUCCAUAGCUACAGGCAGAACAGCAGAAACUGGAUCAGCAGCACGACCAGGUGCAAAGGGGGACGGGGACAACCAGCUACCACCCAGGACACCAUCAAGGCCCGUGAAAAAGUAUUUUUUGCAGGCCCUCCAACUAAAUAGUCAGAGGAUAAUCAAGUCCUUAUCAGGGCCUCCUACAAGCAAAUAGUCAGAGGAUAAUCAAGUCCUUAUCAAAAAGUCAUAUCAGUUUGGUUCAUAGGGUAAUGAUUUUACUGCAAUCGUGAUCAAAUGGUCAAACUCUUUCACUUUCACGUUAUAUGCGUUCUAUAAAAGCUGCAAGAUUUGAGCUGUAGACCACUAUACAAGAAGAGCCUGAAACAUCUCAAACGAUUCAGCAAGCAACUUGCCUGCCCGAAAGCAUCUACUCCUUCAAGAUACCAGCUGAAAAUGAACCCAAGUGUUAGAGAGUUCUGGUUCCAGUCUGGUCCGGUCAAAAAACAGGAGACGCUCCACUCUUCAAGAACGGAGAAAAUAAAGGAUCUCCGGACUACAGUGAUGAGGGAACCAGUGUAUCUGAUUGAGGCGACUCAACAAAGAUUGCACAAUUCAACCGCCCUCGGUUAUGUCCAGUCUGACCAGGCAGUUUCUACAGUGAUGAUGGAGGAACCAGUGUGUCGGAUUAAACACGACAUCGCUCGUGUGUUUGAGCCCCUGGAGGAGGCUUUGAGUCAUGGAUCCUAUAUUCACCCAGGGGGUUACAAAGACUUCCAUGACAACCUACAGAAGCUAACCAAGCAAUACAGAACAGAGAGAGGCAGAGGAGUUAUGAGUGAGGAACUAUUGAGAGAAUAUCUGGACGAGAAGGCUAGAGUGGGGAACACUAUCCUCUUGGUCGACCAGACUCUCAGCAAAGAAGAACACAAAAGUGAAGUGGAGAGGGUAAAGAAGGAGGCAGCAGAACAGGCUCAGAGAGCGGCAGAAAAGCAGAUUCAGAUUCAGCAACAGCUGAUGGAAAAGAUUGAGAAAGAACGAGAGAUCACCAAACAGGAAUAUAAACAAGUGCUGGAUGCCGGACUUAAGGAGCUGAAGGACCUAACGGAUAAAGGCUUUAAGGAAAUAGGGGAAUACAUGGAAAAAAACAAAAACGGCGUUCAAAGUAACGAUAAUCCAACUCCUCAGAAUAAUGUCUCCAAAAUGUUGGAUGGAGUCGGGACUAUUUGUUCCUUUGUUCCUGGCGUUGGCACUGCGAUUGGGGGCGGUCUUAUUGCCAGUGCCAAAGCUUUAGACUACGCAUCAGAACUCGUAAAGUAACUGUCCAGUGUUUACAGAUUUCUAUCAAAUGUAACCUAUUAAUAAUAAAAAUAUGAGGGAAAUAUUUUCCUUAUUAAAAGAAAAAAAGGUAAUUGGGUAUGUUUUCCGUGUUGGAAUGGUGCGGGUCUGUACAGAAACAGAAGGUUGUGAGUGUAUACCAGUCAUUGCAGAUAUUCAUGUAAGUAGACCCCUAAUUGGUCAGCUUAGCCAAUGAUGCAGGAUGGCAUCAUUCUCUAUGAGGAAAUAGCGCACAUUUUUUAAACUGUAUGUUUGAGAUACAAAGUUUGACUAUGUUUAAAAAAUAUAUAUAUAUUCUCCAAUUAUUGCUUUGGCCAAAAUUACGAGUAUUGGAAGAGUCAACAACAGUAUUUCGGUAUGAGGUAACAGAAUAUGUGCGAUUUCAACUGGACACAUACUUUAAAGGGGCAACAGCCCAAAUGCAUUUUGUACUUUGUAAUGGAAACAAAUAAGCAGCAAUUGGCCAGCUGAAGGCCAGGCACCACAGGCUGUACUUGGCCAGCUGAAGGCCAGGCACCACAGGCUGUACUUGGCCAGCUGAAGGCCAGGCUCCACAGGCUGUACUUGGCCAGCUGAAGGCCAGCUGAAGGCCAGGCACCACAGGCUGUACUUGGCCAGCUGAAGGCCAGGCACCACAGGCUGUUCUUGGCCAGCUGAAGGCCAGGCACCACAGGCUGUAAUUGGCCAGCUGAAGGCCAGGCACCACAGGCUGCACUUGGCCAGCUGAAGGCCAGGCACCACAGGCUGUAAUUGGCCAGCUGAAGGCCAGGCACCACAGGCUGCACUUGGCCAGCUGAAGGCCAGGCACCACAGGCUGUAAUUGGCCAGCUGAAGGCCAGGCACCACAGGCUGUACUUGGCCAGCUGAAGGCCAGGCACCACAGGCUGCACUUGGCCAGCUGAAGGCCAAGCACCACAGGCUGUUCUUGGCCAGCUGAAGGCCAGGCACCUCAGGCUGUUCUUGGCCAGCUGAAGGCCAGGCACCUCAGGCUGUACUUGGCCAGCUGAAGGCCAGGCACCACAGGCUGUACUUGGCCAGCUGAAGGCCAGGCACCACAGGCUGUAAUUGGCCAGCUGAAGGCCAGGCACCACAGGCUGCACUUGGCCAGCUGAACGCCAGGCACCACAGGCUGUAAUUGGCCAGCUGAAGGCCAGGCACCACAGGCUGUACUUGGCCAGCUGAAGGCCAGGCACCACAGGCUGUUCUUGGCCAGCUGAAGGCCAAGCACCACAGGCUGUUCUUGGCCAGCUGAAGGCCAGGCACCUCAGGCUGUACUUUGCCAGCUGAAGGCCAGGCACCACAGGCUAUACUUGGCCAGCUGAAGGCCAGGCACCACAGGCUGUACUUGGCCAGCUGAAGGCCAGGCACCACAGGCUAUACUUGGCCAGCUGAAGGCCAGGCACCACAGACUAUACUUGGCCAGCUGAAGGCCAGGCUCAACAGGCUGUACUUGGCCAGCUGAAGGCCAGGCGCCACAGGCUGUACUUGGCCAGCUGAAGGCCAGCUGAAGGCCAGGCACCUCAGGCUGUUCUUGGCCAGCUGAAGGCCAGCUGUAGGCCAGGCACCUCAGGCCGUUCUUGGCCAGCUGAAGGCCAGCUGAAGGCCAGCUGAAGGCCAGGCACCACAGGCUGCACCAAAAGGCUGAAAUUACAUGUUUGCAUCUACCUAUCAAUAAUGAGAAAUGUUGAUAUGUUGAUCCAUAGUAUUAUUCAAAAGUAACAUACAUUCAACUGGUAAACGUUGAUUGUUAUACGAUUAAGGGGGAAAACAUUACCUUAUGAGGGUGGUGCCUGGCCUUAAGGCCACAAUCUAAUGAAUUAUGUUUUAUUUUCCUUUAUUUAAGUCCCUUUAUUCGUCCAGCGUGUUUUCCUUUGAUCUACUUUUAGAUAUUUACUGUAAAGUGUAUUGCAAUUUUAAAUAAAGAUUGAUUUGAUAAACAAAAUGAUUUGUAAUAAUGUUACCAACAAUUUGUUGAUUAUAUCUAAUCUAGUAAUGAUGAGUCGAUUAUUAACUUUAUAAAUAGGUUGACAAAGUUUUGCCAAAAAGUCUAAAUACUUCUAAUCACGUACAUUACUUUAUGACAAAUAAUGUAACCG